AUGCCAUCAUCACUGUCUCUCUCAAGAGUAUUCACUUGUCCUCAAUGUCCAAAAAUCUUUGCCACUCGAUCAAACUUAAAACGACACAUGGAAAACCCAAAUAUCCACAAUAUCCCUUAUGUUCGCAGCCGUGAUCAGAAACGAUGGAAAGGCCAUGCCAAAAAAGUAAUCUCCAGAGAAGAAACUACUGAAAGAAUGCGCAAAUGGAGAGCAGAGAAUAGAGAUAAAAACAAACGCAACGAUCUGAGGUGCCGUGUCUAUCGUCUGGCCCGCCAGCGAUUCGGUGAAGAUGAUUCUCUAGACAAACAGGCUUUUAUCCGUCAAGAAAUUGCCCGUCGGUUGGGCAGACGCAGUAUGACGGAUGUCUGUGACCAUUCUGCAAGAUCUCCUGAACCUGGACUGCAUCAAAACACGCACACAACCACAACCACCACAACCACAACAACAACGACGACAAAAAAAUCAAUAGACACAAACAACAGUAGUAAUUAUAAUCCUCAUCAUCAUCAUCAUAUUAGCUCUAUUGAUCCAACAAUCACAAAUGCCUGUCAAGCAGCAACCUGGAUGGGUCUGCCAUUCUACAAUGCCCCACACCACAAAAUAGAACUGCCAAUCCUAGACAUCCAUAAUCUCUCAAGACAUAUCUCCUGUGACUGGAACAGCACUACUACUCCUACUACUCCUACUACUCCUAAUCAUAAUGGAAGCAUUGGUCCUAUCAUCAAAUCUGGUUCAUAUCUAUCCCCUCCAGUCAGUCGACGGACAAGUAGCAGUGGAAGCAGUGUCAGUAGUUUGAGCAGCAUCGAGAGUCACAAAGGGGAUUACCAAAAUCACUCCAUCUCAAAUUCAAAUUCAAAUUCAAAUUCAAAUUCAAUCACAAUAAUGCAAGGGCCACAAUCCCCUCCUCUCACUUCUAUUUUACUGCAGCCCACACCCUACAGGCCUUCACCCUCAGUCGAGAACAAUUUUGAAAGAAAUGUAAAGUAUGUUGCACACGACAGAAUCCUGGAUGAGUUUGUUGGUCUUGUACUAGACAAUGCCUAUUAAGCUAUACAAAUGUCUAUAAUAUAAUAUACUAUCAUUUACUAGCAAUAGUAAUUUAUUUUCUUUCUUUCUUUUAUCUUUUAUCUUUUAUCUUUAUAAUAAUAGUAAUAAUAUAAAUGUAUAUAGUCUAUUAAAAAAACCUAUAUUAUUAUCAUUCUUUU